CCCUAGACUACCGCACCUGGGUUCCCCUUCUAUAAAACCUCUAACACGCGGACCUUUUAAACCAUUCUCAGUUCAGCUCUGAACGCAGCAACAUCGUGUUGUUAUAAAUCGAAAGUGUCUUUAACAGUUUACGCUACAGUUAUAAUGGCUAACGCAACUUUGAUCUGUCAAGAAGCGCAACCCAUAUCGCGCACCUUGCAAUAUCGCAAAGUUAUGAAACCCAUGUUGGAAAGAAAAAGAAGAGCAAGAAUUAACCGUUGCUUGGACGAGCUUAAAGAUUUGAUGGUGUCGGCCCUCGCUACUGAUGGAGAAAAUGUCGCAAAACUCGAAAAGGCUGAUAUUUUGGAGUUAACGGUGUCCCAUCUACAAAAACUACGUCGUCAACAGAAACUAUCUGCAAACCCAGUUGUAGAAGCAGAUAGGUUUCGUUCCGGUUACACCACCUGUGCCAAAGAAGUCUCAAGAUACCUAGCUUCAAUUCCCGGAAUUGAUAUCCACCUAGGAACUAAACUAAUGACUUCCUUAGGUCAAAGUCUCAAAGGUAUGGAUAGAGUAUCGCCCUUAGAAGUGCCUAGUUCAUACACCCCUCCGGCUUCUCCAGUCUUCGAAGAUGGUGCUCACUAUCAAAUGCCUCCAUCGCCAUCCUCAUCGAGAAGCACGUGUAGCCCUAUUAACUACUCAAUUUGUGAAGAAAAGAAUAUAGUUUGGAGACCGUGGUAA